CCCCGCCGUCGGGUGGCGGCCGGCCGGGCCUGGCCGGGGCCGUCGUGGUGCUGCUGGCGGCCGUCGUCGCGCUCGCCCCGGGCGGCCGGGCGGAGCAGGGUAUCAGGCAACAGCGUAUCUACAUUGCUUCUUCAUCAGAAUCUUUUCCUAACUGGAGAUCUAUACUAUCACCAACACAGCCUUCCACAGAAACUAAGACUUCCUCAGUAGCUGAUAUUUCUAUGGGACAGACUUUGGAGAAUGCAAACUUGCUUCAGAUGAUAAAAACAACACUGACGGGCACACGUACCAGAACUUUGGAUCAAACUAACCUGUCACCCACCCUUUAUCAAGGCAGUGGAAAUAGUGCAUCCCAGGAACCCGCUGAAGUUUCUGCCGAGUCAUCUCUGAGGUCAUCAUCGCAAGAUGCAGAUGAAACAGCUGGUGAAUCAGCAUCAGCGAAAACAACUAGGCUUCCCCCUUCUCGAAUGGAAAACACUUCUGCUCCUCCAGAAACAACAGCAGCAGUGGCUUUCGCUAACAUGACAGCAGCUCCUCCCCUGGAUUGCCGCCUCUCCUGGAACCUUAUGGUUAAAACAGUUCUGUUUCUGAACACAAGGAGGAUGAUGAUCAGCAGAUCCUUCAAGGAGGGCGUGACAAAAGGACUCAACCAAGUGCUGAGACAAGCUUUCAACCAAAAUGUCAGCGCUCAGGUUGAAAUCCUGGAGCAAUCGAAUAAUGUCACAGUUGGUUACUAUGUUACGCGGGGGAGACUGGUUUUUAUACCAGCUGCUGUAAUUGAAAGGCUUAUUGCCUACGGGAUCAGCAACGCCACGGCAGACAUAAAGCAGCACGUGCUGCAUCUUCAGUCCAUUGCAACCCUGGCCGCGCCAUGGAAGCCACUCCCUGCGUACCACUUCCAGCUGAAGACAGAGCUGCAGUUUGUGGGUCAAACAGACAAUAUACAGUCAUGCAAAUUUGUUCAGACAAUGGAGCAACGGCUACAGAGAGCAUUUCAGGAUGCUGAAAGAAAGGUUUGGAACACCAGCAACAACCUAACAGUUCAGAUUUUGAAUACCUCCAAUGUCUCCCAAGCUGUCACUCUGUUUUAUGUGGUGAGCAAUCAAAGCACAACUUUAAACGGCACCAUUUCCAGCAACCUUCUUAAUCAGCUGUCAGCUGAGCUAGUGGGUUUCUAUCUAACCUACCCACCUCUCACCAUUGCAGAAUCUUUGGAGUACCCAAACCUUGAUGUCUCAGAGUCAACUAGAGACUACUGGGUGAUCACAGUUAUACAAGGGGUUGAUAUUGCAUUGUUGGGACUGAACAAUCAGAGCUUUGCAAGACUAAUGGAGCAGCGCUUGGCCCCACUGUUCAUGAUGUCCCAUCAGCAAGGAAGACGAUUUAAACGUGCCACUACUGUGGGCAGCUACACUGUGCAGAUGGUUAAAAUCCAACGAAUUCCAGGACCCAAGGAGCCAGCUGAACUGACGUACUAUACUUUAUAUAAUGGCAAACCUUUGCUGGGCACUGCAGCUGCCAAAAUUUUGAGUACUGUUGACUCCCAGAGGAUGGCCUUGACAUUAGGUUAUGUGAUUCAAGUUCAAGCUGAUCCUGUGGUGAAGAACCCACCAAACAACCUGUGGAUCAUUGCAGCAGUGCUGGCUCCCAUUGCUGUGGUUACGGUUAUCAUCAUUAUCAUUACGGCAGUUCUGUGCAGAAAAAACAAGAAUGACUUCAAACCGGACACCAUGAUGAACCUGCCUCAAAGAGCUAAACCAGUACAAGGCUUCGAUUAUGCCAAACAACACUUAGGUCAGCAGGGAGCUGAAGAUGAAGUUUUGCCUGUAACUCAGGAGACUGUCGUACUUCCACUUGCAGUGAGAGAUGCUCCUGCCUCCCAGGAGAGAGAAAUUACUCAGGAUGGGAGCACCAUUAAAACUGCCCAAUCCAAUGAAACAAGGAAAAGCCGGUCCCCGAGUCAGAACGGCUCCAUCAUCAGCAACGAGUCGGGAAAGCCCAGCUCCAGCCGGAGCUCCCCGCAGAAAGUAAUGGCACCGCAAAAAGUGACAAAAGACGAAGGAAGGAAAAGAAAUGGUUUUAAAUCUUCAAAGAAAAUUGUUCCUAUCAGCGAUGAAGAGGAAGGAGGCAUUCUCUUUGAUAACAUUGCCAAAUCUGCCAUUGACCCCUUUGACACCUCUUCUGGAUCAGUACAGCUGAUAGCUAUCAAACCCGUGGCACUGCCUGCUGUUCAUGCUGCGUCAGAUAGGAGCCAGGAAUCUGCCAUCAUUAAUGGAGAGGUGAACAAGGCUUUGAAGCAGAAGUCCGAUAUAGAACAUUACCGCAACAAGCUGCGCUUGAAAGCCAAGAGGAAGGGGUACUAUGAUUUCCCGCAGGUUGAUAACAACAAGGGGCUGACAGACAGAAAGAGGAUGUAUGAAAAAAAGCAGAAAGAAAUCGACCACAUUUUGGAUCCAGAUCCAGAUGUAUCAUCUCCGUUUGCUGAGCCUAAGAACAGGCAACAGAUGAAGAACUCUGUAUACAGAAGCAGGCAGUCUUUGAACAGUCCUAGCCCAGGAGAAACUGAGAUGGAUCUUCUAGUGACUCGAGAAAGACCUAGGCGUGGAAUCCGUAACAGUGGAUAUGAUACUGAGCCCGAAAUUAUAGAAGAAACAAAUGUUGACCGUGUCAAUGAGCCUCGGAGCUACACCAGGUCCCGUCAGGCCAAAGGUCAUUCAGAGACCUCAACUUUAAGUUCUCAGCCCUCCAUUGAUGAGGUUCGACAACAGAUGCAUAUGCUCUUGGAAGAGGCUUUCAGCCUGGCCUCUGCGGGCCACGGAGGACAGAGCAGGCAGGAGGCCUACAGCUCAGCACCACACUUGCCCUACUCAGAGGUGGUGACCAGCGCUCCUGGUACCAUGACCCGACCUAGAGGGGGUGUACAGUGGGUACCCACAUACAGACCAGAAAUGUAUCAGUACAGUCUACCAAGACCAGCUUAUAGAUUUUCUCAGCUUCCUGAGAUGGUAAUGGGAUCUCCUCCUCCUCCUGUCCCUCCCAGAACCGGUCCUGUGGCUGUUGCCUCUCUCAGGAGGUCUACAUCAGAUAUUGGCAGCAAAGUGAGAAUACCUGAGUCCAGUGGGGUGGAUCAGGCCCAGCAUCAUGAGCAGGCAUCUUUUGCACCUGGUUCAAGAGCUCCAAUGUCUGUUGGCCCACUUGAUCAAUCAGCUUUUCACUCAGGAAAUACAGUACCAGCAGUGUUUGCCAUACCAGCAGCAAACCGACCUGGCUUCACAGGCUAUUUUAUCCCAACGCCACCCACUGCAUAUAGGAAUCAAGCCUGGAUGCCCUAUGCUGGAGAGAAUGAAUUACCGGGACAGUGGGCAGACUCAGUUCCACUGCCAGGCUACAUUGAAGCUUACCCAAGGCCCCGCUACCAGCACAAUUCUCCUUCACGACUGCCUCGCCAAUACAGCCAGCCAGCGAGCAUGCAUCCCAGCCUGGAACAAGCUCCUUUGCCAUCUGCCACAGCUUCUCAGCAGAGCCUGACAGAAAACGACCCGUCCGAUGCUCCUCUCACCAACAUUUCUACAGCUGCCCUUGUAAAGGCAAUAAGAGAAGAAGUUGCUAAACUGGCCAAGAAGCAAACAGAUAUGUUUGAGUUCCAGGUCUAAUAUCUUUUGUGCACAGUAGUUGUAUCAUAUAAUUUGGAAUAGCCAAGAAAGUGAUCCCUUUAAUUUUCACUUACAAACUUGCUGUGAAUUGUGCCAAAGUGAUGGCAUUUUUCUCCAUAUGAAAAGUCAACACUAUGAAAUCACUUAACGUAGAGCAACAGGACUCUGCAGAUAUGCAUUCUGCUUGCCAGCUAAGGAAAUGCUGCCAGGUAACUGUUCCAUACAGAUAUAUAGACCACAUGCAAUUGUUAGUCACUUAGCACUGGUACUGUGACCCAUUGUCACUAGAGAUGCUGCUGAACAUGUCUGUGACACAGUGUUUCAUUUGCAGGCCCAAAGGUAGAGCUGCUGAAAAUAACUUCUGCAUGUCAAAACUUUAUUUCUUUGGUUAAAGAAGAAAACACAGUAGAACACAGAAAGCUAAAGGCCAUGGUAGGUGUGGUGGUUGGUGGCCAUGUUAAUUGUUGCGGGACGUUGGACAAGGAAUGUUGAUUUCAUCAACACGGACUCAUUCAGUGUUUUCAUUCUAGAGACUGUAUUUAAACCAAAAGAAUCUGAGAUGAGUGAUACACAUAAAUGUCCUGUAAAUACCCCCAAUUCUCCUCAUCCUAUUAACAGUACAAAGAAGUGAAAGAAGAGAAGACUGAACGAGGUUAAUGAUAUUUUGAUAAUUGGUGGCUACCUUGUCCAUGAAUGCCACUGAUGAGUUAUGUAGGAGAAUUUUCAAUGUGAGACAGCACAAUGCGUGAAGAGCUAACAAAGGAAAUUGGUGCUAGAAGCUUGCAGGAGAAAUAAAAAAAGGUCAUUUGUGUUUGCUCUAUAUUCAGGCUUUUCACUCUCCAUGGAUGUGAAGCUGGUAAACCUGAGACCUUUGAGCCAGUAUUUCCAACUUGGAAUAAUGAAUACGCCUGCUUGUACAAGACAACCUCUGUUUAACACAGUACUUUUUUCUCUUUCUUAAACAACGAUAUCUACUGAAGUGCUACAUGAAGCCACAGUGGAUCUUGAAAUGGAACAGUGAAUACACACCUAGAAAGUUCUGAAUGUAGAGGACCUGAUUAUAUAUUAACAUGUAAAUAAGUAAAUGGUUAAAUGGAUUAAUGAAAAUACUAAUGUGCUGUGAAAAAGAGAGCAUUUCCAGAAGUGAUGCUGACUUUAUGUUGUUCAAGAUAAAGGUCACUAAUUGUUAAGCUGCAUUAUUGUAUGAAUCCAAACCCAAAAGAGAAUCAAACCAGUUGAAUGGGACACUAGUUUGUCUUUUGCAGUUGUACAGAAUAGUUGGAGAUCAUGAACAAUUGUUUUCAGUUCCUUUGGCAGUUAGCUUUGGGAACUGAAGUUGUUGCAAAAUAUGUUGUGUUGGGCAUGUUUGAUGUCAACUGGAGUUAAAGGUAACGUCCUUCAUUUCAGUAAGCUAUCCUCAAUUACGUAUGCUAUUUUGUCUGUUCAUUUCCUUUUCUUGAGUUUCUUUGGUCUUUAUUGGGGUGAGAAAGGGAACUUGGUUUAGCUUUUUGGCCAUCAGUAAAAUGAGAGGAGGAAAGAGGAGACUAGAAUAGGGGAAAGAAGAAGAAAUUGAUGAAGCACAAACUUUUAAAACAGAGCUAUUUUUUCCCCCAAAUAAUUAUAUCAUAAACCCUGAGAUUGUGAUAUGUAGUUAUCCUAGAAUAUACAGAUAUCUUCUGCUCUGAGAUCUUAGAUAUUGCAGAAGCUUUUGGAAUGCUAACUGAUCUUUAAACGAAUGUGAAGUUUCACUUUUAUUAUUUAAAAAUCAGAUAUAAAUAAAAUGUAUUUUUGUAAUCUCGAUGUAUAUAUGUGCUGUAUAUUUAUAUAAGUGACUAAUCCGCAAUAGUCAAAAAAUUUCCAUAAAUCAAAUGAAAAGAAAAAAAAAUAAUUUUAAUGAUCAAUAUUAACAUGCUGUGUCUGGAAUACACAAAUGGUGGCUUGGAUACUAAACAACCAAAGAAACUCAAUCUUUCAUAUAUAUAUGUCUACUAAAGGCAGACUGCUGUCUAACUUACCUGUCAGCUAACUAACACUGAUCUUAUCAGUGUAAUACAAUACAUCCAAAUGUCUUUUUGCGUUGAGUUAAUAGCUGCCUAAAAAUGUUGCAUUUAAAAAUCACAGCUUGAAAGAUACCAGGCCAAACUCAGCGUGCCAUAAAAAUAUAAGUUCUGUUUGGCUUCAGUGGGAACUCAACUCACUGAGAGUAAGGCUGAAUCUCUGUAUUAGGUUUCAUCCAUACAUGCAAGUUUCACUAGAAUCAUGUGAACAAUAUUGUGCUUAUUUUUCAGUUGGUAUAUUUAAAUCACUGUAACAUAAGUGCAGACAUAAUUUAAGAGCAGCUUCAUUUUAUUUAGCCUAAGCUGUUUCAUAACUGGCUUAAGCUAACUUGGUAAGUUAAAUCUUCAUUUAGUCAGCUGCCUUUUGCAUCAGCUUUAUUAACUUACUUUUUGAAUGAUUCUUGUAGUUAUUCCAGUGAAAUUUUGUAUGUAGAUAGGGCCUUCUAUGCAAUGGGAGUGAAAUGCCCUCUGAAAUAAAUUUCUGUAUUUUAGACACAAAUUUUGCAGGGUUAUCCUAAAGCUGCAAGUGCGGAAGCAGCAGCAGUCAUGCAGACAGGAGUGCUGAAGCAAUAUAUCUGGGAAAGGUCAUGUUACGAUGUAUUCCCAAAAGAGUCACAGGAGGUAGGAUGUAUCAGAUUUAAACAGCAUCUUUGGGACACUCAGCUCUGCUUGUAAAUCUGUUCCCAUUCUUAAACUUAAGUGAUUUAACUGUUUUAUCAAAAAAUGUGUGAGGGUGAAGCCAAGCAUGUAUCUUGCCAUACUGAAAAUUUAAAAAGUUUGAAAAUUACAUAUAUGGUAUAGGGUUGGGAUACCUGCAUGCAAACAAAAUGAACAAAAUAGAAAAACAAAACAAACAAGAACAACAAAACAAACAAAAGAACCAUAUAAAUUGCCUUCUAGAAGGACAAACCAUUUCAGUAAAGUUAAACAAAGUACUCUUCAUACAACUGAGGAAGACCUGUUAGACUUUAAAACUUAAUUUUGUUUGAUAUUGUAUUGAUGUUGUGCGGUCUACUGAAUAUUCCCUGAAUCAUCACUCUGAAACCAUUGUGGUACACUUUAUUCACAAAGGUAUUUUACAUUCUUCAUUCAUAAUGGUUUUUUAUCUUGUUGGUAAUGUUUCUAUAUUUUUUUUAAGUACAAAGUAAGAUUAUAUCUAGACAGUAAGGACAUUCCUGGGAAAGAAAAAUCCAUGCUGUAAUAUUUAUACUGUCUGAGCACAAAGCAAUGAAAAAGUGAAAAUAUAGUGUACAAAUAAUUUGUAAAAUAAUAAACAUUUUGUAUGGCUACAAUUAC